AAUGGAAUAUAAUCAAAAUAACUAAUAUGGAUAAGCCUCUGCUUAAUAAGGAGGAUACCCCUAUUUUUAACCUUAACCAUAGCAGAACUAAUAUGUAUAACCAUAGCCAUAUCCUGCUUACCAAUAACCAGCUCCAUAUUUAGAUCCGAACAUUCCAGUUGGAUAACCAGUCGGUUAACCCUAAUAUGGAAACUAUCCUUAACAACCUGUGUAGUAAUAAGUUGUAUUAAUUUCUAAAAGUUAAUCUGGCUUGGUACCGAAUGGACCAGUUUAUACUGCAGCACCUGUUUUGCGAAGUGCAGAAGGAAUGAGAUUUCCUGUUUAAAUUUAAUGCCCUUAUUGUAAUUAAUAAGGAGUCACUAGAAUUGAGAAUAGAGUAGGUGAUGGCACAAUAUGUGCUUCAAUAUUAGUUUUAAUAUUUUGCUGGCCCUUAUUUUGGCUUCCUUGCUGUUUAGAAGAUUGUAAGGAUAGAGUGCAUCUUUGUAUUCAUUGUCAGAAAUGUGUUGGUAAAAAAAGGUAUGAGGUUUGUUGAG